AGAUUUUAGCUACGAAGAUCCACGACGCCAUGAAAACCCACAUCCAAUGAAGAUCGAAAAAACCACACUCAGCGAGAUCUACUUCUUUUCAUUUCCAUUCAUUCACCAUUCUCGACCGAUUUUCAUUCACUUUCCCUCCCCACUGAUGCGCUUCAAAUCUGAGCGAUAAAACCCCGCAUCUCGCGCGAUCCGACACCCACUGAAAAUGGGCGCGAACCAUUCACUGCAAGUUGACGAAGAGAGCGAAGAAGAGGAGGAAGAAGAAGAGCAAGAGGAGGAAGAAGAUGAGAGGAACCUCAAUGGGCCUCUAUUGGGCCGGACGCAAUUGGGGAACCACAUGGUGAAGAAGGUUCUCGAACAGGAGCCGGAGAUGCUGCCGUGCCACGCCUCUGCGUCGCCGCUCUCACCUCAGCUCUCUUCGCUCGGGACGCCGCGCCUCGGCCCCUCGAUCAAGGUAUGGGAUCCCUACAACGUCCUCGGGCCGCAGCCGCCGCUGCUGUCGCCGCCUGCACUUUCGCGGAGCUUCUCCGCGAACGGGAUGGUGCCGGAUGACGAGGCUGUGACAGAGGUUUUCCUGAUCAGCCACGGUGAGUGCGAGUUAAAUUUGGCUCCGGACUUGGUCGGUGGCCGCUGCCCUGCCGCCGCGCUUACCGCCAAUGGAAUGCGCCAGGCCAGGGCUCUGGCCGUGUUCCUCAAGUCGCAGGGGGUUCGGUUCAGCGCCGUGUAUUCAUCGCCGCUUGAUCGGGCGCGGUCCACGGCGGUUUCAGUGUCAAAGGAAGUCAGUUUUUCAGAGGAACAAAUUCAAUCCUCGGAUGCUCUUGGGGAGAUUAGUCAAGGGAAUUGGGAAGGCUGCCUUCGAUCAGAAAUAUACACCCCUGAAAUUCAGGCCUUAAUUGACAGGUCCCAGCCAGAUUUUACUGCACCUUCUGGUGAAUCACUUAGACAAGUAGAAUUCCGGAUGAUUAACUUCUUAAAUGGAACUGUCCUGGGGUUACAUGAAAAAUUAAGGUUAGAUUUAUCAUCACAUCAAAAUGACAACCAUGCAUUUGCACAGCACAACUCCCAUGCUCUUCUUACAAACUCAAUUCACGACCAAGAUGGACCUUCUCUCCCUCCAAACCAAUGGGAUUUGCUCAGCAGGCAUCGGCCUGCGUUCUCUAGGAAGAAGUCUGGUAAGAGCAGGCUACAAUUUGUCACAAACACUGGUGAUGUAAUUGAAGAAGAAAUUUCUUCUGGUAAUGUAAACCACCAAAGUUCUCUGCAUAAUUCUGGCUUCAGCAGCUUUUCACCUACUGUGGCUUGUAUAGGACUAUUUACUCAUUCUGUGCCAAUUAAGUGUCUCCUGACUGGUCUUCUUGGAUGUAGCCCUCUGAUGUCACAUAAGUUUUGCAUAGAAGACUCAUCGGUGACUGUCUUGCAGCAUUCUCUGAGAACUGGUUGGCAGAUAAAAAGGCUGAAUGAUACGGCACAUCUUAGGCUUCUCUAGUUAGAGAAGCUGUACUUAAAGGAUCUGAUUUUGGCAUUGGCUUGGAUAUAAUUUUAUCUUGGUUGUUGAUAUCUACUGAUUCACAAGAAUUAAGGCCUUUUAUUGUAACUUUUAUUUAUUUCUGCACUGAUCUAUUCCAAAAGGGGAAUUGGAUUGUUGUAGUAAUUCUUUUUGGUUUGUAGCAUUACCGAAGUUGUUAUACAUCUACAUGUCAUGUAUUUCCCUGUACUUAAAAAAGAUGCAAUUAUUUCGGAUCAA